AUGAGAGAAGAAAAUGUUGUUCUACCUUGUAACAGUCCUUCAUCGCUUUCCUCAUGCUCUGAUGUUACCUGGUUUUACAGCAGAGAUAAAAACCAAAAUACUCAGAAGAAGGUUUGGAGCGGAGCAGAUGAUCAGAUUUCACAUCGAGUUUCCAAGUUUAAUGUGAGCAGCAGCUGCUCUCUGAUCAUGGAAUACGUCGAUGAUGAUGAUGCUGGACUCUACACCUGUAGACCUGGUUCUGAUGCCUCCUCUGAUGGUUUUGUGUAUCUGAAUGUUUUAAGCAAUUAUCCACCAUAUUUUUCCCGUUCAUCAAAAACAUUUUACUGUUCUCUGCGGAGAUACGAUGGGCUGGAUCUUUGUCCAGAGAACAGUUUCCGCUGGUUGGAUGAAACAGGAACUGAACUCACUGAAGGUGUUUGGUUGGAGUUAAGAGGACCAACAGUCUGUCUUUCCUCUCUAACUGUGAAGGAUCAGAGCGACAAAAACAGAAACUACACCUGCCAGUUUGUUGAAGGAAACAGAGUGAAGGUUGAAAUAAAACACACACCACGAAGAUUUAAAGGUAGCAGUUCAGGUAUAAUCCAUCUCUACCACAGAGCAGGAGAUGAAGCUGUUCUGCCCUGUAACAGACCUUCAUCAUCCGACUCAUGCUCCUCUGUUGACUGGAUUUAUCAGAGAAAUAAAAACAUGAACAGGAAACAGGAAGUUCAUGGAGGAAUGGUUCAGAGUUCACCUCGUUCUGCCAGGAUGAGUUUGGACAGAAACUGUUCUCUGAUCAUCAACAACAUCACAGCUGAAGAUGUUGGACGUUACAGCUGUGGAUAUAAUACAGAUGUGUAUCUAAACAUGAUGAUCAUCUCUUCAUCUCCUCCAGCUGUUGAUCCAACAAAGAAUGAAGAGAUCACAUUAUUCUGUUCUCUGUUGAGAUCCAGUUCAUUAGAAUCUUGUCCAGAUAAAAGUUUCCUCUGGUUGAACGAGACAGGAAGUGAACUGACUGGUGAAGGUGAUGGAUAUAAAUAUGGAGGACAGUUUGGUUGUGUUUCUAGUCUGACUGUGAAUCUUCAGAGCAGAAGAAGAUUCACCUGCCAGUUUGUUGAAGGAAACAAAGUGAAGAUAGAAGCUCACUAUGGAUCUGAAGGCCCCCCCGCCUCGUCUCCUCUGAGCUUCAUCAUGUUGACUCUGAAGAUCACAGGACUGAUCCUGAUGGUUGGAAUCACUGUUGGUAUCAUCAGAACCAGAGGAAGAAAAAAGCCUCAGAAAGACGUUAAUGUUCGUUUUUCUGUUGAUGACGACUCAGUGAAUUAUGAAAAUGAUGGAGAACGUUCUGCUGCCGCCGCUCUCCACUGACCUUCAUCACAUCAGUUACAGUUCAUACAAAAAUAAUCCUUUAUUUUGAUGCUUCAUCUAUAUUUGUGCUUCUACAUCUACAUGUUUACAUUACUUGUAUUCUUGAAUAUAUAUAUUAAGGCACAGCAAGCAGAUGUUCAGAAAUCUAACAUCCCAAAUAAAUGGCAACCUGUUCUGAAAGAUAC